GCUCCCGCGGUAGCAGCGCGGUGCGCGGCUCUCGUGCUCUCCCUGAAGCUCCCCACCGUCCGCUGUUAGUGGCUGCGGGAUUUCAGGGCGGAAGGGCGGCCGGUCUCCAGUGGCGGCCAGAAAGGAGGAGGCUCCGUGAGGAACUUGACUGAACAGCAGCUUUCAAAACAGAUAAGGAGCUGUGGGAAGUAGAAUGUCGGAAGAUAUUAAGGGAAUUGAAAAAGAAGUAGAAAUUGAAUUAGACAGAAUCAGUGUUUCUUCGUUUGGAACAGAUGAUCCUGACACAGAGGUAUCAGAGGAACCCUUGAGUGACAGUGAGACUAUUUCAGGUGACUUACCAGAUUCAGUUCUUGCCUAUUUAAACUUUAUCAAGAGCAGCAAUCAAGAUGCUGAAAAGCUUAUACUGCAGUACUUGGAAGAUGAGCAAAGUAGAAAAGACAUUUAUGAAGUAGUUUCUUGCCAUCCUUCUGAAUCGAAUGAGAAUUCAAAACAAUUUAAUGAAAAGAUACUGCUUGAAGUUGAAAAUGAAGAUUUGCCACUUGCUACAACACCUGAUUAUAGUCAGUCCAUCAGUGAUGAGACAGUCAGUGAUGAUCACUUUCUUACAGUAGAAGAACAGUAUAGACGAGCACUUGAGCAUGAAGAUGAGAAAAUGAAAACGUGGAAAGCAGAGAGAGCCUCACAGAAAAAACAGAAUGAACAGGAACAUGCAAGAAGACUGCAGCAUCUGGAGCAAUUUGAGGCUGAAAGAAUAAAGUUAGAUCUUCUUCAUAAGAAACGCCAGGCUGCAAUAGAAGAUGAGUUACAGAAGGAGGAGGAAGCUUGGAGAGACAAAAUGAGGCAACAUGAGGAAUUGAUCAUGAAGCUACAAUUGCAAAUGGAAGAGGAGAAAAAGGCCUUGGAAGAACAGAAAGCAAAAGAAAGACAGCAACUAGCUGAACGGCAGAGUAUAGCAGCUGUGCAAAUCCAAGCUAGAUUUAGAGCAUUUUUAGUCCGUAAAAAAUAUGCUCCCAUUUUAAAACAAUGGAAAUAUGAAAUAAGAAAGAAGCAGAAAAUACUAGAGGAAAUAGAGGGAGAAAUGAAAGAAAGAGAGGAAAAACUGAACAUGCAAAUGGAAGAAAACAGGUUAAAUAGAGAAAAGGAAAGAAAUAGACAAGAACUUGAAAGACAAGAAUAUUUCAAACAGGUGAGGAAGCUUGUGGAAUAUGAGAAAAAGAAAGAAAGCCUGAAAUUGAGAAAACAACUCCAAAUAACAAGAGAAGAACAAAGAAAAUUAGAACAAAAAAGAGCAGAAGCUGUGAUGAGUGAAAAUGUAGAAAAUAACAGAGAAAACACAAAAAAGGAAAAGACAGAAAAUAUGACACUAAUAAGAGAAGAGAAGGUGGAACUAAAUAAACAAGUAGAGGAGCCAAAAGAAAAGCAUGCUGAAAUGAUGGAUGAAACAAAUAAAUGGAUGAGUCUAGCAGAAAGAAAUUUGACACCAAGUGUGCUAGGCUCUGAGAAGGGACACCCUUCUCAAGUGAAUAAUGAGAACUUAUACAUUAAUUCAGUAACACAAGUAGAAGAAAAUUACUCACAAAUAACUCAUAAAGUUUCAAAUGGUCAUAUUUCAAAGAAUGAAUCUCAUCACUUUGGUGCUAAGGAUAUGGUAGAAAAUAAGGCAAACUGCAUAUGCAGCAGUCCUCCAAAUGUCCAGCCAAAUGCUAAUAACAGAGAAAUUAAAGAUCUAUUUUCUCAGUAUGAAACUGUGAAGAAAACUUUAUUUCUGAUUGAAAAUGCUACUGAAGAUGUCAGAGACACCUGGGACAGUAGUCAAGACGUAGCAGAGUCUCGUAGUAAAGUAAUUUUUCCCGAUGAUAUUGAACAGAAGAGAAUUAACUGGAUGAAGACAUGCAAAUCUUGGUCUAAAAUAUAUGAAGAAAACCAAAGAAAGCAAGCAACUAUAAGAAAACUACUAAGGAAAAGUUCAGUUAGCAAGAUGCCUCCAUUAAGUACAGAAAAGAUAAUUCAUAGUGGCCCUUGGAGUACCUUGCAACAGGUCACAACGCUUACGCUCGAAGAUUUGCCAGCUUGUAGUCUCUCAACCUUAUCUGAAUGUUCAAAUCUUCAAGUUUUGACUCUGAGGCGCUGUGGACUGGUUGCACUCGAAGGACUAAGUAGCUGCAAAGACCUGAAGUAUAUCAAUGUGGAGGAAAACAACAUUCAGGUAAUUGACUGUGCAAAUCUGGAAAAUCUCUGUAUUCUCAUUCUGAAUAAGAACCAUCUUUCAUCAGUUUGUGGCUUAGAUGGAUGCAAAAAUCUCCAAAAUCUUGAACUUUCCUACAAUAGAAUCACUCGAAUUGGUGGUCUGGAGUCACUGAAAAAUCUUCAGCAAUUAAUUAUGGACCAUAAUCACUUAAUCAGCACAAAAGGUCUUUGUGAGGCACCUACUCUCAUUCACCUAGAUUGCUCUUUCAAUCAUCUUGCACAAGUUGAAGGCAUUGAGAAUUGUGGCCUCCUUCAAGUUCUGAAGUUGCAAGGCAAUAAUCUCCAGGAGCUUCCAAGACUGGAAAAUCAUGUUCUCUUAAGAGAACUAUAUUUGGAUGACAAUAGCAUUUCUUCUGUGAGAAUGCUUUCUUUGUAUUGGUUGCCUCUAUUGCAGAUUCUUUUGCUGUCUCAAAAUAGAUUAACUGACCUUGUGCCUUUAAAUUCAUUUUUCUUUUUGGAAAAGCUAGAUAUCAAAAAUAACUGCUUGUCAGAUCUUAAAGAUGUCCAUACAUGGUUUAGUGGCUGCCAUAAACUAAAGGAGUUGUCACUGAGUGGGAAUCCUCUUCUCCAAGAAAAGAACUGGAGGUCUUCCAUGUUGGAGGUCCUUCCUAGUUUACAGUUACUUAAUGGUGAAAUCUUGACCGAUCAUACUUUAUCCACAACUGAAGAAAGCAAAGCAUCCGAAUUAGGAACUUUUCUGGAACUUUGUCAAGUUCAAAUUGAAGAAAAUGUUCAACUGAAAAAAAAGGCUGUUGAAUUGGAAAUUACUUCUUCUAUUGAUUCUGUACUGGGACAAUGCUGGUAUUUUAAUCAGUUGAUGAAACUUAGUAUUAAACAUCGAUAUGUGCAUGAGUAUGGUGAACUAAACAUUACUGACAGAGAUGGACCAGAAGCACUUCAAAAUCACUUAAAGCAAAUAUCCACUGGCUGCCUACAGGAAAAUAACCUCUUUAUCAUGUCUGUGACAGAAAAUAAACAGGUCUUGUUGGAUCCUUCCAAAACAUGGAUUGCUACUGGUGAUAUUCAGGCCACAUUCAUUAACUCCUCUAUACCUGUGCAUCAGAAGGAAAAUGUAGGAGAUCAGAGGGAGAAGCAGAAGAACACUGAAUCUUGUAUUAAUUACAGUGAGGAGAGCAAAGGCAACAAUAACAUGUCAGGCCAACUCACAUUGCAACAGUCAGUGAUAGUAGCAGGUGAUAUGGGAGGAAAUCUCCAGCACUUUGGGAAUGAUACAGAGAGACUACAUAUGGGAGCAUCCUUGAUCCAGCCCUUUUGGCAGCAGUACCAUGCUCAGAGGAAAAAUGAUUGCACUAAAACAGAGAAUCAUCAGUUUGUAGAAGCUUUAAGACAGAAACAUGAAGCUGCCACAGUGAUUCAGGCAUUUUGGAAGGGUUUUCUUUUACGAAAGAAACUGGCCAGUGCUCUUGCAGAUGUUAAAAGUGAUGAAGUGGAAGAUGAAUAUGAAGAAAUUAAUGUGGAUGCUUUCACAUAUUCUGAAGCUGCAUUAGAGAAGGAAUGGCUAACUCUAGAUUCCACCCGUUUCCCUUCAAAAACACUCCUGCUCUCAAACCAGCUGCACUGGCCAAAGAAGUUUUCUAGGCCUUCAGAUUCCAGUGGACAUUCAAAUAGUUUGCCAUUAGCACCACAAGAAGUUUGGCAGUGUGCUAACAGACCACAUUCAUACUCAGCAGAAAAAAUCGAUUUUCAUAGCAGGUCAGGGAAGGAAACAAUGUUACAGCUUUCUAACUGGAAAGAAAAAAAGGAGUUUUUAUUUAUGUCUGAAAAAGAAGAGAAAAUAGCAGAAGAAUGGGGUUUUAAGGAUAUUUCUACUGCACAGCUAGUGCUGAAGAGGGCCCAUAAAAUGAAACCUAAAAAAUACAGUAAUAAAAGUUUAGACCCAGCUGUGCGCCUGGCGUUGUUCAAAAACAAUGAAAAUAAACAUCUCUCUGUGAAACCACCAGGGAAGACACAGCAUAUAAAUGCUGGAUACUUUGAAGUACAGUCACACAACAAGGCAGUACUGGUGAGCACCCAGAGCACUGUAAGGUGUAGUGAUCCAGGACCAGUCAGGUGAAAGCUGAAGAAUCUAUUUGGAAUCCAGGAGAAGGUGAGUAGAAUUAAAAGAUUUUAAAUACAAUUGAAAAUAAGUUAUCUUGGGUUUAGUGACAAUUUUGCUAUAUCAUUGCAUUCUUUUCUCCUGUUUUCUUCCUCUUCUAGCCAGAAUGCUGAAGAAGAGUCUGUUCUGGGACCUGGAUGCCUUAAGGGUGACGAUGUUAUUCAGAUAUUUCUCCAAUUUUAGUGCCUCUUGAUGCAUUCACUGAACCAGAAUAUGGAGAAGUGUAAAGAUUGAAAGAAAGUUUCAAGAACUGUGGUACAAGUUACAGACGAGUUUCUGUAUUUAUUUACAUGCAUUUUCUGUAUUUUCACUGCAGAGACGUACCCAUUUUUCUAGCCUGUGUAUCAAUACCCAUAACUUAGUGCUUCUAAAACAAUUAUCAUUUCAGAAGAGCAGAAAAAUCUUGCUGAACAAAAUAAUGCUUUGGGCUUAAUUUUGUAGUUACAUUAAAAUCUUUCUGUAAAUAUUUUCAUUUAAUACUUUAUUUCUUCAAAUGCUUUAAAAAAUUCUGUUAAGCUUUUCAGUCAGAUUAAUUUUUAUUAAAAUUGUUUAUUUUGUAUGAAAACUACAUUAGGAUCUUUCUUAUAAAACAAGUUCUAUAUAAGGCAGAAAGUGGGUAUUUUGUUCCACUCAAACAUGGCAAUGAAAUUCUAUUCCUUCUUCUUCAUGACAGUAACUGUUUACAGUGAAGUAAAAUCAAGUAAAAAGUAAAAUCUCAGUUCAGCCAGGUUUUUUCUUUUUUUUUUUUUUUUUUUGGUUCACAAAUUCUCAUUAAAGAUUAUGUAAUUUUAAUAGCUGCAUUUAGUCUCUAAGGUUUUAAAAGUCAUAGUAUAAUCAUCUGUUUCCUUCUUCUGGAGUAAAUAGUAUAAGAUUAGCUACUGAAUUUGCUUAAUCUUUAGUGAGAGUUUGCCUUCCUAUUUGAAAUUUAUGAGAUUUCACUCCUCUCUGGAUCAGACCUUAAUGCUCUGUAAAUUCCUGUGCUAUUGGCAGGAGAUUAGCUCAUCAGCUGCAAACAAGCAAAGUUACAAGUCAACAACCAUUUUAACCUGUUGGUAAAGCAAAUUGCACUUUUAAAUUAAUUAGGUAUGGCUGUCUUAAAAGCUGUUGCAAAUAUAAACAGAAUGCAUAUGAGGCAACUUCACCUAUUUGUAAUCAUCAUAAUAUUUAGGUUGUUCUCACCUUUUCAAACAAAUUUUAUAUAUAUGUACACACAUAUGUAAAGACAGUGAGUAGGAGAGUUUGAUAGCAAGUUUAUAUUAAAAGUUUAGUAAAAAGAAACUAAUUUAAACACACCUACAAUAAGCAUAAACUGUUUAAAUUCAAGAUUAGACACAGUUAAAUUAUGUUCACAAAUAGAACUGAGGGGUUUGUGUUCAUCUUCCUACUAAAAAAGGAUUUGAAUAAAGUUCUAAGCAAAAUUCUGUAAAAGAGCAGGAGGAGUCAGGGCUAAUUUAUUCCUUUUUCAGCUGAUUUCUUCAUGCAGUAGGUAAAUAAUUCAAACCUUUUCUGCAUGGAUAGAGAAAACCUGUGCCAUUGAGACUAUAACUGAUCCAAAAUCAAUGUCAGUCCCAUACCUGGGGAUAUGUGUUGAUUUCUCUAUAAUUAUAUACAAUGUCUUGAUUCUUGUUUGUUUUCGUGUGUUUACCAGCUGAAAAUCACAGUUUAAUUAAUGAAGAAAUCUAUACAAAUACUAAGGUCUUUGAGACAUAUGUAUUGAGAAUUAACCUGGGGCAACUCUUAGGCAAAUUGUGGUUUUCUUUUGCUUUUUUUGCCUGACCUUCUCUACAAAUGGAAGGUUGGUUUUUUUUCAUAGAUCUACAAGACACUGGAAUUUCAUAUUGUUUAUUGUCUUCCAUGAUGUAUCAACCAAUUAAAUAUAACUCAAUAAGAAGAAUUAGUACUUUUAUGUCUGUAUUUAUUUAUAGACACUCAUAAGUUUAAUGUUUAUUGUUGUUUUUAAGCUGGAUAUAAAUAUAUAAGAAUUACACACAAUUGGGGAUUAACUAAUUUUAGAUGUAGAGUCUUAAGAAAAAGAAAAGACUAUGAGUCUAUCUGAGACUUUUUUCCCAUUUAAUUAAAUGAACAUUAAAUCAAGUCUUGUUUAUACAAUGUUUGACAUAAUGAUAGGCCUGAUCUUCAGGGCCUAAAACGUAUUGGUUUUGCUAUGAAGUAAAUUAAACAGCAGCCUUGCACUCGGUGUAGACUUUGUGUGUAUAUUUGAGAAUGGAGAAUAGUUCUGCUGUUACACAUUACUGUGCUGACAGAGCUGGGAAUUGUUGUCACACUAUGUUCAUCAAAUACCAAUAGAUAUUUCAGCCAGCAUCAGAAAUUGAGCCAGAAAUAGUUCUACUCAAACAAAA